UGGCCGCCUCAAUUCCGUUCCUUCAGCCACCACCGUCGCCGGGGUCUAAGCCCCAAGUCCGGGGCCGGCCCCGCCCCCGGAGGACUCAGCUCUCCUCCCCUGGAGAGGAGGGAGGCAUGGCCCCGGGGCCCGAGGACUCCGUGACCUUCCAGGACGUGGCCGUGACCUUCACCCCCGAGGAGUGGGGGCGCCUGGCCGCCCCCCAGAAGGAGCUGUACCGGGAGGUGAUGCUGGAGAACUUCGGGCACCUGGCCUGCCUGGGCCUGGCCCUUUCCAAGCCAGACGUGAUCUGCCAGCUAGAGAGAGGAGAAGCCCCUUGGAUGCCACGGGGGGAUGUCCCCCAGAGGCCGAGUGCAGACUUGGAGGUGGCAUCUGAAACCAAGGAGCCAACUUCAAAGAUUGCCAUUUUUGUAGAGGAAUCAUCCUUGGAAACACUGACAAAGGAACUUCCCUGUGUCUUCAAGUUGGGAGAAACCUCAGAAUGUGAUGCCCAGUUAAAGAGGCCGCAGAGAAAUGUGGAAAAGCAUUCUAGAAUUCACACUGGAGAGAAGCCCCGUAAGUGUACCGAAUGUGGGAAGCCCUUUCGCCAGCGCUCACAACUCAUUGAACAUAUGAGAAUUCAUACUGGAGAGAAACCAUAUGAAUGUAAGAUAUGUGGGAAGGCCUUCCGACGGACCACAGGACUUAUUCAACAUCAUACAACUCAUACUGGAGAGAGACCUUAUGAAUGUAAUGAAUGUGGGAAGGCUUUUACCCGAGUCACAGAUCUUACCCGACAUCAAAGAAUUCAUACUGGAGAAAAACCUUACGAAUGUAAGGAAUGUGGGAAGGCCUUCACCCAGAUCAUAGACCUUACCCGACAUCAAAGAAUUCACACUGGAGAAAAACCUUAUGAAUGUUUUGAGUGUGGGAAGGCCUACCAUGGGAGCUCACAACUUACUCGACAUCAGAGAAUUCAUACUGGAGAAAAACCUUAUGAGUGCAAUGAAUGUGGAAAGGCUUUUAGCCAGAAGUCACAACUUACUGUACAUCAGAGAAUUCAUACUGGAGAGAAACCUUAUGAGUGCAAAGAAUGUGGGAAAGCCUUCAGUCAGAGCUCACAACUCACUCUACAUCAGAGAAUUCAUACUGGGGAGAAACCUUAUGAAUGCAAAGAAUGUGGGAAGGCCUUUAGUCAGAGCUCACAACUUAGUCUACAUCAGAGUGUUCAUACUGGAGUGAAGCCGUAUGAGUGUAAUGACUGUGGGAAGGCCUUCAGUUGUUUCACAAUACUUACUGAACACCAGAGAAUUCAUACUGGAGAGAGGCCUUAUAAAUGUAAUGAAUGUGGGAAGGCUUUCAGCCAGAGCUCACAACUUACUCUACAUCAUAGAAUUCAUACAGGAGAGAAACCUUAUGAAUGUAAUGAGUGUGGGAAGGCCUUCAGUCGCUUCACAAUUCUUACUCAACAUCAGAGAAUCCAUACAGGAGAAAAGCCUUAUGAAUGUAAUGAAUGUGGGAAGUCCUUCAGCUGGAGUACAGGACUUAGUAGGCAUAAGGCAAUUCAUAAUGGAGACAAACCUUAUGAAUGUAAAGAAUGUGGGAAGGCCUUCCACGAGAGCUCACAGCUUAUUCGACAUCAAAGAAUUCAUACUGGAGAGAAACCCUAUGAAUGUUUUGAAUGUGGGAAGGCCUUUAGUCGGUUCACAAUACUUACUCAACAUCAAAGAAUUCAUACUGGAGAGAAACCUUAUGAAUGUUUUGAAUGUGGAAAAUCUUUUAGCAGGAGCUCACAGCUUACCCUACACCACAGGAUUCACACUGGAGAGAAACCUUAUGAAUGUUUUGAAUGUGGCAAGGCUUUCAGCCAGAGUUCACAACUUACUCUACAUCAGAGAAUUCAUACUGGGGAGAAACCUUAUGAAUGUAAUGACUGUGGGAAGGCUUUCCGUGAUAGUUCACAACUUUCUCGACAUCAGAGAAUUCACAAUGGAAGGAAACCCUAUGAAUGUAAAGAAUGUGGGAAGGCCUUCUGCCAGAGAACAGAACUUACUAUACAUCAGACAAUUCACAUUAGAGAGAAACCUUAGAUCUGUAAAAAAUGGGAAAAGGCCUUACCUCCAGAGAACAGAACUUAUUUGUUCUCAGAUAUUUCGUGCUGGAUGAAGAUGAUGAAUGUGAGAAGGAUUUUAUCUAGAGCAUACCCUAAUAUUUACAAAAUUCAAUCUAGUGGGGGAAGUUAUAGAUAAAGCAAAUUCCUGCCUGUUUUUUCUUAGUAGCUGUUAUAAAACAUUUUCUCUCUCAAGUUUCCAGCUACCUCUUUCUCCCAGUUCCCACAUUGAGAGUAGACUUCACUGAGAAAGUUGUGUUUAUCUUUUUUUUUUUUA